CUCCUGCUUCUGCUCUUAACGGUAGCGGCCGCGGCGGCGGCAGCAGCAGCAGCAGCGGCAGCGGAGACAGACAGGCAGACUGGUUACCCAACCAAUGAAGCGGGCGACGGGCCGACCAGCCACUCAGGCAAACGAUUCUUCACUAUCUAGCACCACUUGCUAGUACCAAAGACGAGUAGCGUCACGAAAAUACGCAGACGUGUGUCAGUUCAUCUGACUAUUUAGCUGAAGGAUAGUGUUUUCCAGCGUGUGCCGCGACACUGGCAAUGGUUGUAUUACAGCUGUACAACGGUACAGCAGGAACGCGAUGGUACACAACGGCAGGGCUGUAGUGUCCUUACGAAUAGCAGGAGUGUUAAAAACCAGAAGCAGAAAAGAGCUAAUGGAGCCCAGGUUAUGGUGUUGAGAUCCUUCUUUACGGUCGAUACAUGGCAUUUCCGAGGCAUUGUCGAGUUAAUCAAAGUACUCAUCGCCGAUGUAUAUAUAAAGCCUAGAGCCCAGGAGGAGAGGCAGUGGUACGGACAGAGGUGCUGCUUGUCGGAGUGAAGGAUACUGUGUCGAUAAUUAUCUGCUGCUGGUAUUGUUAGGGCCAAGAGGUUCAUAGACUUACAAAAGAAGCUAAACUUCCAAUAGCAGCUCUAGUACUGCAAUAACGUUAGCAGCUGGGACCGGGAAUGUGCACGACGACGGACAUGCGGCAGGAACACGGAAUGGUGGGCGAUGGUUGAUAUCACUGAUUCUUGUUGCUGUUAUUGUUUGGUCGCUUGUUGCGGUAGUAGCAGCAGCAGCAAUUGCAAGCGUACGAGAAGAUGAUGUCGCUGCUGUAACCGAUUACCUAGCUCAUUACAAGAAACACUGCACCAAUCUAUUUGCCUGACACGGUCAACCUUCCCCCAGCAUUUCGUACUGCUUCUACUGCUACGUCUAGGCAAUAAACACAAACUACAUUAAAGCAGUCGCAGCAAAGUAAAUAACAGCGAUACACAUAGAAAUGAAACGAGAGAAACCGGAAAAAUGCAGCGGACAGGGUGAACGUGACGACAACAACGAGGGGAUGUUUGUGUGUGAUUGACAGGAAGGGUGCCAGGAGUGACUGUCGGUUGUUGUCACGCUUCCUCUUUUAUAAUGCAACCGUAAUACUGAAGCCAGAGAAAGAAAACUAAUUCAAUUUGAGCAAAUUAGAGUACUGAGCGCUCUUUAUUGUCAGCAGCACGACUACUCCCAAGUAGCUGUUUCGCGCCAUUUGCUCAUGAAACCUACAAAAUGGGAAGAGGGUUGAAGGACGGCAUUCAUUGAAUUCUAUACAUAAUUAAUACGAUAUCAGUCAUGAUACUGUCAUCAUCAUCGUCAUAGACAACAACAGUAUGAAUAGUACAAUAGUUGUCGUCGGUGGUAUUGGUCUCCGGAAAGCGCAGUAUGUCAGUAGUGGCUAAUCGUUGCAAAAACGUUAAGAACAGCUAUAGAAGUUAUGUCGAUGGCAGUUGAAGCGUGGAUAACUUCAAUGAUAACUUUUGAUGAGUUGUUGCUGGCUCUGCGGAUGGGUGUCAGUGCAUGGCAAUGGAUGAACUACAGUUAACGGGCACCUGCAGUAGCUGGGGCCGGAGUGGAAUAUCAGUGCGACAAGAGUGCUGCAGUAGCUGUGCUGACAUCUACAACAAUUACAGUCAUUAUAUUAUAACUACUGAUAUUUUUAACAACAACAAGACACGUAAUCAAUUUCAUAUAAGUACUCAGAGUAAGGCGAGUAUAACAAACCGAGUGACCUCGAUAUCGUCGUCAGAGCAACGUUUACCGUCGCCUGUGCUGGCGUCGUCAUCUUCAUUGAAUGCCGCUGCUGAUGGCGGUUGUGUCGUGAAGUUUUCUACUACUGCUACACAAAGCUCUAUUGGAAGGGGUAUUGAUCAUUCUGCAAUCAGUUCUUUAGCUUGUUCUAAUUUAGCUAUUGCUGAUUGCACGUGGCCAUUGCGGUCGUUGAAUUUUAUCAUACUGGCGUAUUAUUAUCAGUAGACGUCGUCGCUGGCCUAAGUGCAGUUGGCCAGCUGCAGCAACGGCGGCCGUAGUAGCCCCUUUAGCAGCAGCAGCAGCAGCAGCACGCCCUCCCGCCGCUUCUUCCGUCGACUGCGAUGCGGGGGCCGGUUGGUUGUUGCUUUGACUGCUGGCCGCUUAUUGGUCUCGUCUGGGGGGUGGCCGUUCACCUCGUUGUCGUUAGUGCCGUCACCACAUUAACCACAGCAACCUUAUUGGGUGGUAGUACAGGCGCCUCGACGCCGUCACCGAGGAGAAGCGCCUUAUCGAAAAGCGCCACUGUACUGCUCCUAGUCGCCGCUACCGUCGGAACCCCUCAGGCCGCCAGAGCGGCCUCGGCCUUCCAGCCAACGUUGAUCAGCGUGUCCGAGCAACCUCUGUCAACGCCACCUGUAAGUUGUGGAGUUUGUGCGUACGGCCGCUGCGAGGCCGGUAAAUGCGUCUGCAAUCCUGGAUUCACUGGGGAGGAUUGCACCCGGUGUUCGGGAAGGAUCAGGUUGAACGCGACGUCGGGUUUUAUCACGUCCGGCGUAGGCAACUACACAACGGACAUGAAAUGCACCUGGCUUAUCGACGUCACCGGAGAUCACGCCACCCGCUAUGAUCCCGGGGCCGAUGCUAACGCUUUGGAAAAUAGCCUUGUCCGGACAGGGAACAAUGGACCGGCAGGUUCCAAAUCGGCGAUCAGUCGUCAAAACGGUAAUGGCAGCAGUGUUGCUACUAACUUCGUUCAGCGCAACCGCACGAUCAGGCUUCGACUGAAUCGUUUCGAGACGGAGUGCGGCUGGGAUCAUCUGUAUGUAUUCGAUGGCGACUCGAUGUUUGGCCAGAUGAUCGCUGCAUACUCAGGGGCGCUCGUGCCUGAACUCGCCGGGGAGACGGUCUCCGAUCUUGUCGCAAAUUCGGGAAAGGCGUUCAUUCAUUUCUAUUCGGAUGCGGUGUACAACAUGAGCGGGUUCAACAUCUCAUACUCUGUGGAUAGAUGUCCAGAUGACUGCAGCGGGCAGGGCACUUGCGAUGAUCAAAGCGCAACCUGCAAAUGCAAACAUGGCUUUACAGGUGAUACAUGCAACAUUCCGGUUGUUACCAAAGAGACAGGUCGCUCGUCAACAGCGACCCUGAUGCGUAUCGCUGGCAGCGGCAGUGGCGUACUUCUUCAGGGCAGAGCUAUGCAUCAAGCCGUCGUAUUUAAUCAUUCCAUGUGGGUAUUUGGAGGAAAGUUUUUCAGCUCGGCCUUUACGCAACGCCGCCAUCUUGAAGUCGCCAGGUAUGAGUUCGGAUCGAGUCAGUGGAGUGUCGUACAGCAGCGCGGGACAAAUAUUCCUCCAAAUACGUACGGCCACUCAUUGGUAUCGUAUAAGAAUUCAAUGUACCUCUACGGUGGAGCGCACACAUUUGAUUCGAACAACGUGACAAACGCCUUGUGGCGUUUCGAUCCAGCGCGCCUUGAAUGGGCGCAGGUGUCGCACAAAGAAGCGCGGGUAGAUUGCCACCUGCCUACACCACUUUGUCCACCUGUGCCCGCCGUGGGCCAUGCUGCUGUUAUGGUGAACCAAAGUAUGCUAGUCUUCUUUGGGCAUCAUCCCAUAUUGGGCUAUUUAAAUAUGGUGCAGGAGUACCGUAUUGGCAGUGUGAAAUGGGAAUUGGUGCAGACGAGAGGCGCUGUAGUCAAGGGCGGAUUCGGUCAGAGCGCCGUCUAUGACGAAAGAAGUCAACAGGUUUUAAUUUUUGGAGGAUACCACUCAACGGGCAAUGCGGGAUCUGUUGUGGAUUAUUUAUAUUCAUAUAGGCCAUCUACUCGUUCAUGGUCAAUUCUCCGCCCUUCAGGGAUCCACCGCUAUUUGCAUUCAGCUGCGUUGCUCGACGGAGUGAUGCUGAUCUUUGGCGGGAACACUCACAAUGAUACCAGUCAACAAUCGGGAGACCGCUGCUUCGCCGCUGACACCUUAGCUUAUGACGUUGAAUGUGAUUUGUGGCAAACUGUAAAGAUCAAGGAGAGUCCGAAUGUCACUCAAGGCUUCCGCCGUUUCGGGCACUCCGCUGUAACCUACAAUGGCUCAAUGUAUAUAUUUGGCGGUUUCAACGGUCGCAUGUUGUCGGAUACUCUGAAGUUGAGCCCGGCACACUGUGAGGCGCUUGACAAAGAGUGCCUAUCGUUUUCGCUUCUCCACGGUACCAAAUGCAUCUUUGCAACUGGUGAAGGUUGUCUCAAACACACGCUAGCGAAUCUUCGAGGAUACCCUCAGAAAAAGGGUGCCAACUGUUCUCUAUUGAAGCAUUCGAGUCUGCCCAUAAACUUGACACAGGUGUGCGAGAAACAGACCAACUGCCGCAGUUGCUUACACAACAGCUUCGACUGUGUGUGGUGUGACUCGACGUGUGCACACAAGAAGUGCCCCAAACAUUUGUCGGCAGCAGUGGUAAAAGUGAACGCAAGCCAAUGCCUCGAGAGCGAGAGUUUGGCAUGCGACAAACUUCACAAUUGCCAAGCGUGUCAUUCGGAUGAACGUUGCGCCUUUAAGAAGAGCAACGGAUGUAUAGGAUUUAUGCUUUCCGAUGGAAAUAAAACAGAGCGUGCAGUCAGUGAAGACCUGCGCGCGGAGUGCGAUACUCAUUGUUCGGACAAGCGGGACUGUGCCACAUGCACAGCGGGGCAGAGCAGUGGUUGUAUGUGGUGCAGCAAUCUAGCUCGAUGCCUCGAGACAAAUGCAUAUGCCGCCAUGUUCCCGUUAGGUCAGUGCACCGAGUGGUCGACGGGACGGUGCGACAGACUUUACUGCUCGCGGAUCCGGUCGUGCAGGGACUGUUUGCAACAUGAACGUUGCGGAUGGUGUGAUGAUGGAAGUGAUACCGGAAAAGGCCGCUGUAUGGAAGGUGCGAACAAUGGCCCAGUCGUGACUGGAGUCGACGUGUCCCAGGUCGCUAACGGUACAGAACAAAUGGGGGCCACGUGCAUUGCCCCAGCUUCGUGGAACUUUAUCACAUGUCCGGCGUGCCAAUGUAAUGGGCAUAGUACGUGCGUGCCCGGCACUACCGAAUGCGUCCAACCGUGUGCCAAUAACACUCACGGACCCAACUGCGAGCGUUGCCAGAAAGGAUACUACGGUAGCCCUAUCAAUGGCGGAGCGUGCCAACCGUGCAUGUGUAACGGACACGGCCUCGACUGCCACCACGAGACCGGCAAGUGCAACUGCACUACGAAAGGUCUUAUAGGAAAGCAUUGCGAGGCAUGUGAUAACACAAAUCAAUAUUGGGGUAAUCCAGUCGAUGGGGGUACGUGCUUUUACAAACUCAGCAUCGACUUUCAGUACACGUUCAAUCUUUCACAUGACGACCCGUUUACCGCAAUUAACUUUAUGAAUAUGCCACCAAGAGUUGGACAUGAUGUAGAGUUCCAAAUAUCGUGUUCCACACCAGCCCUGGUCAAUAUCUCGAUCAGCUUCGGUAGCCCCGAGCCCAGCGGCGAGCCUCGGGGAGGCCUUCUCCAGGUGUCGCCGACCCGUCAAUGUGGCUCAUUCAAAAUGCCAUUGUCACACGAGGAAUUCAAGUUCGGCACUCGAAACGCUACUCUCUAUGUGCAUGUGUUCAAUCUGAGCACGCCCGCCAUUCUGCAGGUCGCUUUCUCACAGCACCGCGCACUCGAUCUUCUGCAGUUCUUCAUAACCUUCUCUAGCUGCUUCCUGUCGCUGUUAAUCAUCGCCGCCGUGUUGUGGAAAAUCAAACAAAAGUAUGAUCUCUACAGAAGGCGCCAACAACUGUUUGUUGAGAUGGAACAGAUGGCUAGCAGGCCUUUUGCGGGGGUAACCGUUGAAUUGUGCCCGCCUCCGUACGCAUUGCCACCGCAGUUACAUCAGCCAGGUGGACGUCCCACGCCCGUUGCUCUCGAGCCAUGUAGCGCUGGAAAGGCAGCUGUCAUUUCGCUCAUCGUUCGAUUGCCCCGGCAAGAUAACACUUCUGCAGUUCCCUCGGGCCAAUCUGGUAUUGCCAUUGCUUCGGCAUUGGUGUCCUUAAGUCAGCUGGGUGGGAAAGGUCAACAGAACUCCAUACGAGACAGUGAGUUACAAGGACACCACAAGGGUGACUGUUGGAAGCCCAAUACCAACGUAGGCACCUGCCUAUGAAUCAGGCAGUUAAGCGAGAAGCGGAGAGUAAUCAGUUUUAAGAUGGCCACAGCAACAGCACUUUCCUCUGGAAAAGAAGCACUGCAUUGACCAGUAUCAUCAAUGAAGAUCCUACUUCAUAAUAAGUGCCCUUAUACCACAUCUCUUCACUAUUAACAAUAAGGUAGCAACUAAUUUUUUUCAGAAAUUUGUGAAGCCCUUGCCAUAAUUAAAGACUUUACCAAAGCAGGCCUAUCUUAGAAAGGAAGAUACCUAUUGUGUAUAACAAAGCCGUAGCAUCCAUCUGCAGAUGUGUUACUAUUUUAUUGUAGUCACACGACUCGUCUUUCCCAUGUGCAUAUGGGUGCGAACAGGUGUCCAUGCACACCCGUGCAUCAGAUUCAUUGACACGUUGCCACGGUCAAAAGGUUUUUCCAUAUUCAAUGGGGUCGUGAAGGGGAUUGAAACAUAUUCACCUGCUAAGGCUAAAAUUGUCCUAUGAUUGAAGAGGACUGAGUACAAGUUGCCAACUUAACAUAUCCGAUCACUUGUAUUCCAGUAAUUUUUAUUUCAAUGCAAUUAUAUGCUCGUAUUGUGUGUUUAUCGGAUAAAUGUCCCAAAUAUCAGAUUUUAUAAAAGAGGCAGUUUAACUGUUAUGGAAGGAAAAUUGUAGUGCAAAUUAUGAGCUAGCAUCGGGAGUUUUAUUUGGCCUUUAUGUAAAUUUUUAGGGUCUUGAUCUGAUGCUGUUCCCCUACUAGUGAAGAAAUUGUUUUUGUCAGCCGUAUUUAAAGUACUUGAUCCUUUUAACUUUUCGCUACGUUAUUAUUUCAAGCAAACUUUUGCGCCAAAAGAUAAGAUCAUAUAUAUUCUACUAGGCACGGAAACACGAGGGCAGGGCUGGAGAACUAUGUUGCUGUUGCUGCCGUCAACGCCGCAAUCACUAUAAAAUAAACUACGAACGGAACAAAAAACUCUAGAAGAACUCACAAGCAACUUUGAUCCGGCGCAACAAGUACCACGGUCGUACUGUGUGUGGAUAAACCUAUUAAAAUCGUCACCUCUUUUAAUUUAUAUAAACUUUCUGGAGGUAGUCUGGACAGACAAGUGGAGUGAGGCAAAAAGCGAUUAUUGAGAUUCUGCUCAGUGAGGUAUUUCACGAUGACGACGGGUGCCAAAAGGAAAGACUAAUGGGCGGCCGGAAGGAUGAUUAGCAGCCGCAUGAAGAUAACGACGACGGCGACAACGGCGGCGGCGGCGGCGACGAUGAUAACAACAAUAACAACAACACGAGGAGAAAAAAAGGGAGAGAAGAAGGAGAAGACGUAAGUGAAGAAAACGUAAAGCGAGUGAUAGGCACUUUUGGGGGUAAGCAAGGUAUGCGAGCUGUGAUAGUUGGUCGAUAAGCGACUGAACUGGGAUAAAGCCACAAUAUUAUAAAUCAUCAUUAUCAUCAACAGACCAACGCCUGCAGCCUGAGCCCGUCGGUAGUUGAGUGCUAUCGAGAAGAUUAGCGGAGCACCGAAACAUAAACGACGCAGACCUUGCCGUGCCUCUUCUAGCUGAGCUCAGCACGUGACGCAAUAAGGCGUCUACAACAAAAACAACGUGCUAUCGAUGCUAAUUUAAUACAAUAACUACAAUUCGAUAUUAUGCCGCUAUAAGCAGGUGUGCGUCCACGUUCAUGACCCCGCAGUCGUAGGGCGAUGUGAGAACGAACUUUGCGUUUAUAGAAGACUAGCGUGUGUUCAACAAGAGGGGUUUUUUUAGUAAACGAAUCACAUCAGAGCCGUUUGUUGGGUGUCUAUAGCAGUUGCGACUAUACCAAGUAAUGCACCUGCAUCGGUUCUACGAAUGUCCAAAUUGUGUAGAUUGAGGACGUGGCCUGAAGGAAUAUAAAUACAUGUUGCAUGUGUAUUAUAAAGAACUCUCAUAUAUAUACAUAUAUAUGUGCGCUUAUAGAGGUAACUGAUGCUAAACAGUGACACGCUGAAGAUGAAUGAAAUUAAAAGCUUUUUGACGUGUUCAAGCAAAAGCAUUACGAGGAAAGAAAAACUAAAUAAUAAUAAUAAUAAUAAUAAGAAGAAGAAGAACUCAAACCGGAAAUGGAUGUUAGCAUGAAGUUCGUCGACGGUGGGAAUAUAAGUUUAUCCUUAUUUGGCACUUUAGGAAAAAAUUGUACGCGUGUGCAGUCUGUCUUGUUCUAGUGAAUUGAGACGCUAAUCAGUAGGAAAGGUUUAGGUUUUUCUUUAUUAAGAACCUAUUCGUUUAGAUAAUCGAUUGUACAGACGAAACGAGUAGUAAACGAUCAAAUCUGGCUUCAGCACCUUUUACAUUGACGUAAAAGAAAGGAUUGCGUAUAGAGAACUUUUCUCUUUUAUCAAAUGAGCUUAUUAGUUCUGCCUAACAAA